AUGAACAAGCGAAUUUCCAGUUUCCAGAUAGUUAUGGCGAUUUUGUGGGAAAGAAGACGGUACAACGGCAAGGUGUGUUAAAUAAUCGAAAUAUUUUGGAACAUCUUAAGAAAAAUAGGAUAUUGCUUGAGUGGAUAUUUGUCUCAACUGAAAGUAUAUCCUUAUGGCAUCCAAUCAGUACACAAUCAGGGAAGUCGUUGACCACCAGUUCAACUCCGUAAGCAGCGCGGAAGAUGAUAAUGAAACCGCUUCUGAUGAUGAACAAGGCUCCGUUAUGUACCAGUACGAAAUGGUGGAAACGAUCCAGAGGACAGUGAAACGCCGUGGUCACCUUCCCAAGGACUCUGUCAAGAUUUUAAAAAAUUGGUUAUACGAACACCGCUUCAAUGCUUAUCCUACCGAAAUCGAGAAACACAUUCUGUCCCAAGAAACAAAUCUAACAGUUCUGCAGAUCAGCAACUGGUUCAUCAAUGCCAGGAGAAGAUACUUGCCAGAAAUGAUGAGAAGAGAAGGCUAUGACUCUGUUCACUACACUAUAACGAGACGAAGGCGGGCUUCUACCUCGCCACGUCAGUCAGAAAACAACACUGUUUUUUAUCGUAAGGGAAAGAAAGUUAUGCGACUUGAUAAAGUGGAAGGGGUUGGUGGUAGCGAAUCUGAGUACGAAGUUGAUUCUACUGCCUACGUAGAAGAAAUGGCAGGAGGUGAAGAAGUGCCUGUUAUUGCUGCAACCCCUACAGGAAGGAAGUUCAAUCCAUGGAAUGCUGAUAUUCAUUACGGUUUGACAGUUAACUCGUCAGAGAGAAGGUAAAAUAUUCUCAUUUUGUGUAUCUUUGUAUUUGUGAACCAGAUUUAGUAAAUUUGGCAUGUCAACCACUUAAUAAUUUGAUAAAAAAAACAUGGUACAAUUUAUUGAAAUUUUUAUCAGUGUAACAUUUUCUAUUUAUGCAUUGUGAUAGAUCAGUAUCUUACAACUGCUGAUAAAUAUUCACUCAAUUUCUUAGGUACACCUAUACGAAAAAAUCCAAACGUUGAGGUAUAGUGAUCUAGCUGACCACAAAUUUGUGGUCCACUGUUCGUAUUGUCCUGAAAGAAAUAAGAACCAAUAAAAUUGUUGUAUAAAAUAGCAUCAAACAUUAGUUUUGAACGAGUGGUGGUGUUUGCAUCGUAUAGAACAAUUUGGAUUUUCAUUUUACCAUUUGUAGUUUCGGUAAACUUAUGUAUUCUUCUACUUCUCGUUGAAUCCCUGCUCAAAAUUUAAAUCUGACAAUCUCUAAUACUACUAAUAGUGUAUGAAUAAACUUGGAUUUAUAAUGAUGGUAUUUAUUCACUUCAAAAUUCUUACUGAUAUCUUGUACUAGUUCUAUUAGAGAGAUGGUUAGAGCAAACUACCGUGAUCAUG